UUCACGCGUGUUCACGGAGUUGCCGGUUCUGUUAUAAAUUUUGCUAGAAUUUGUUGCAGCAAUGGAUUACUCGAAGUUCAAAGUCUCACAGCUGAAGAAGGAGCUGAAGAAACGUGGUCUGCGGGUCACAGGACUGAAACAAGAAAUGAUCAAUCGUCUCAAGGAGACAGACCAGAUGUUCCAGCAAAACAACCUAACCCCAGGCAUCGGGGAGCUCAUCAAGGGACCCCGGCAGUCCCAGAGGGGGACGCCCAGCCCGCUGGAGUCGGAGGACCACCACGAGAUACGGGAACAGCACCGCCUGGAGCGCGAAGAGAGAGCUAAGAUCACACUGCUCAAGAAACCCCUGACUACAAUGAUGUACUUUGGGCUGGAGUUGUGGGUGAUACUGGUGGGGUGGUGUCACCGGUUAUGGCUAAAUAGGAAGAAGGUACUUGUCACCAGUCUACUCGUAGUGUCCAUGCUAGUACUGUAUCACCUUGAGGGAAGUCACCAAGUGUAUGUUCAGCGUAUGAGGAAACAGACAGUAUGGUGCCUGUAUUGGAUAGGCCUAGGCGUCCUGUCAUCAGUGGGGUUGGGUACCGGACUUCAUACCUUUCUCCUGUAUCUGGGUCCCCAUAUAGCAUCAGUCACCCUCGCUGCCUUUGAGUGCCAAUCUGUGGACUUUCCUGAGCCGCCCUACCCAGAUGAGAUUGUUUGUCCAAGUGAGCAAAGCACAUAUCCUAUGACAGUAUGGAAUGUCAUCAGUAAAGUAAGGCUGGAAGCGUUCAUGUGGGGUGCUGGUACAGCAAUUGGUGAAUUACCUCCGUACUUCAUGGCAAAGGCUGCUCGGUUAUCAGGGUAUGAGCCAGACAAUGAAGAUUAUGAGGAGUUUGAAGCGAUCAUGGAGCACAUGUCCGAGGACCCUCAGCAACAGGACUUUGCAACUCGUGUUAAGCUUGGUAUUCAGAGGCUAGUACAACGCGUUGGAUUCUUCGGUAUCUUAGCAUGUGCAUCCAUCCCUAACCCAUUAUUUGACUUGGCUGGCAUCACCUGCGGUCAUUUCUUGGUUCCGUUCUGGACAUUCUUUGGGGCGACCCUCAUCGGGAAAGCAGUAAUCAAGAUGCAUAUACAGAAACUUUUCGUCAUUCUGACAUUCAGUGAGCAUCAUGUUGAAGCCUUAGUCGACUUACUUGGUAAGAUCCCUAAAGUAGGACCCCCGCUACAAGCGCCGUUCAGAGACUACCUGGAGAAGCAGAAACACAAGCUGCAUCACAAACCAGGGGAAUCUGUCACUCAGGGCACCAAUUGGCUGUCUUGGAUCUUUGAGAAGCUGAUCAUCAUCAUGGUAGUCUACUUUGUCAUAUCCAUCGUCAACUCCCUCGCGCAGCGGUAUGCAAAGCGGUUACACGAUAAGAAACGGGAGACGCAGAACCACCUUCAUGCGCAAUGACAACCGACGAAAAGGACCUCCAAGAUUUUCUGUUAAACUCAAGCACCGACUCGUUAGAAAAAAAUAUAGAUGAAAAGGUUCAAGUUAGCGUGAUUGGAAGGGGACAAAGCAGCGACGUAUCAGGGGCGGGGGGUGGGCGCACGCCAUCAAAAUUUACGCCCCUCCCCAGUCGCCCCCACUGGAAUUCAGGCAGAUUUUUUUUUCUUUCCUUCUUUUUGGAGAGUCUUCUUUUGUUGGAAAUGGUCCGAUUACUUGUUUUCUGGAGCACUGUUUAUAGCACUGCUGAGUUGCUUUUUUGAUUAACUAUUAUUUGGCAUUUAGCCGGUUAGCCCACAAAAUUCCUGCCAAUUAAUAGCUCUAGUGGGUCCCUUUUGGUAGAAAUUCACGAAGGAAAUUACAGCUUUUGAGGUAGGAGGAGAACCCAAAACAAUAUUCCAGGGAAAAAUCCAAGGAAUCUAAUGGGGAAUGAAAUCCCGAAUUCCCGAUCCACUUGUUGGCCUGGGUAGUAUUCGAACCUGAGCCACAGAGUUGGUAGGUAAAGGAAGGGCUAUUUUGAUUCCAGAUAGGUAUACCACUGUCACAUUACUUAAGCCAAAUUAGGAAACUUUCAUCAUAAUGCGUUGAUUUUUAAUUCAGAAAGAAUUUUCAACAACAUGUAUGAUAUUUUCCGUAUCACCGUGUAUUUCUGUCGUGGGUUUUUUGUGGUCUCACGAAGAAUCAGCUUACUCAACAUUUUGACAAAAUGUACUGUUCUUUCAGACAUUCUCCUGAAGACAUUAGCAAAAGACGAAUAGUGCUAUGGACCUGGACACUAGUUGACAUCCUAGUGAAAAGUAAAAGUAAAGUCCGUCAUGAGCUAAUUGUAGCCCAUCAGGCCGGCGUUUAUCCCCGGUUUCAGUAGCAUGAUACAACUGAGAAUAUUUCUGUUCCACCUGGACAGGAUGCUAGUCCAAAGCAUGUUACUCCCCAGCUAAUGCCAGUGCCCAUCAAUACUCCUGGGUGGAGAGAGGCAAAUGGGGGUGAAAUGGCUUGCCCAAGGAAACAACAUAUGGCCAGCAGCUGGAUAAGUAGCAUGAAACGACUGAGAAUAUUUCUGUUCCGCCUGGACAGGAUGCUAGUCCAUGGCAGGUUACUCCCCAGCUAAUGCCGGUACCCAUCAAUAAUCCUGGGUGGAGAGAGGCAAGUGGGGGUGAAGUGGCUCGCCCAAGGACACAACAUAUGGCCUGCAGCUGGAUUCGAACCCCUGACCCUCUGAUCAGGAGUCACAAACCCUAACCACUAGGCCACUCCCCACUGACCCACUGACAUCCCAGUAUUUUCUUGUCCUCAAACCAAUUUAAACUUAAAAAGUUAUCUACUGGUGACAUUUGAGUUGAAAUCAACUUGUGAAUUCCGGUUUUCCGUAGCACUUGGUGAUAAUAUAAAAGAUACAAUGAAAUAAAUAAUGAAAUAAUGUGGUGAUGGGAUAACUACAUCUCAACAAUAGUUUGUACAUAUUGCAUUUAUUACAUAAGGGCACUAGCGCCUAACUAUACACCCAGGGAAAAACCUUCCUGUUGUCACUAUAGGCCCAAAAGGGAGCAUAGAAAAGUCACUAGUGCCUGAAUUCAUUGUGAACCGCCAUUUAUUUCAGUACUUUACAUGUACUUGGCAAAUAUUGCUCCAUGCAGUGACCAAGGCAAUGACGUAAUGUGUGAGUAUUUUGCACUUGUAUGCAAAAUUGACAUACUUUUUGCAUAUUAAUGAACCCCAUGUGACUUUGCAACAGCCAACCACGGUAAGGAGAAGACAAAAGCUGUGCUGAAAUCAACUAUUGUCAUUACAGAACCUUUGUUAAUUUAAGUUGAUAAUUCUAUGUGCAAGUGACAAUAUAUUGUUAUCAAGAACUCAGAAGA